CUCACCCUGACUGAGGUACCCUCCCAAGCCUCCCAAGCCAGUACCCAAGUCUCUGACCCCAUGGAAGGGACCUCAGCAGCUGCAAAUUCCUCAAGCCUCCCUCCUCCAUCCCGAAGGUUAUCACAGAUAAGGCGUCGUAAGAAGAGAACGCGAGACGAGAUGUUUUCUGAAAUUAUGGAAUCCAGCCGCAGUGACAGAGCUCAUCUGAAUGAGUGGAAGGAAACAGUUUCAAAGUAUAGGAAAGAAGCCAGUGAACGUGAGGACAGGAGGGACCAACGUGAGGACAGGAGGGACCAACGUGAGGAGAGGAGGGACCAACGUGAGGAGAGGAGAGACGCUCGAGAUGAGAGGUGGUGGCAGGAAGACCAGAGGAGGCAGGAUGCAACGCUGGGGCUGCUGCGUGAGCAAACAGACAUGCUCCGGCGUCUGGUGGAGCUUCAGGAACGGCUGCUGGAAAACAGACUGCCGCUUCAGCCCCUGUUCCACCCUCCCCCCUCCCCAUGUUCCGUAUCCUCCUCACCCAGACGUGUAAGAACGCGGGGGGGGGGAGGCUCCGUACACCUUCCCAUUCCACCCCAGUAGACAGCCCAAGCAAAAGGCUGUCAUUUUUUUAACCUUUUCUUUGUGGCUUUUUCCUUCCCAGCAAUCCUCCUCCCAAAUACC